CUUCCUCGUUGGGCCAUCCACGCCCGGGCCCUCUUCACUUCACUUCCAAGCCGUCAACGGCGAGGUGCAGCAGAGUGUGCCGGUACGGUGCGGGCCGCGUGAGCGUUAGCGUGUGCGCCAGCGCGACAGAGACAGUGCGGGAGUGCAGUGAGUGUGAGUGAGAGAGAGUGUGCCAAAACUGCAAGAGGACAACUUCUGGAGACUCGCGCCAUCAUCCCGGCGCCUGUACUUCUCUCUGGAUCUGGACUAACCGACCUGCAGUGACAUGCUGCUGCUACACACCCUGCUGGUGGCGUGCCUCCUCAUGAAUCCGGUGCGCCUGGAGGAGGCCGACGCCGAGGCGUCGAGCGGGCCCAUGGCGGCGGAGAGCGCCCCGGAGGCGGCCGUGGUGGCGGCGCCGACCCAGACGCAGCAGCUCGAGCCCAACGCCAACAAGCUGGAGUCGCCGUCCGGCAGCGACCAGGAGGCCUCGGAGACCGCGCCCAAGCACGGCGGGUACGCGCCGCCGGAGAGGCCGCUGGGCCCCGGCCCGCUCGGCCCGCCCCCGCGCGGACACCCGCUGCGCGGCCCGCCGCCCCACAAGCCCUUCAAGAACACGUACCACGGGCCGCCGCCCCCGCUCGGGCCGCAGCUGUCACUGGGCGGCCCCCCGCCGUCCCAGGCUCAGCCCGAGGCGAUGGACAAGCUGUACGGCCCACCCGCCCUGCCCAGCGGCCUGUCCGGCGGCCUGCCCAGCGGUGACCCCUGGCCCGUGUCCACGCCAGACAUGCCCAAGAUCGUGUCUCUCGACGUCAAGUGCGAGAAGAACGCUAUGAAGGUUUUCCUGAGCUUCGACAAGCCCUUCUACGGCAUCGUGUUCAGCAAGGGCCACUACAGCAACGUCAACUGCGUGCACCUGCCCGCCGGCCUGGGCCGCACCUCCGCCAACUUCGAGAUCAGUAUCCACGCCUGCGGCACGGCCGGCAACACGGAGAACGGCCUGUACGGCUACGGCGCCGACUCUGGCUCGGGCACGUACUUCGAGAACAUCAUCGUCGUGCAGUACGACCCGCAGGUGCAGGAGGUGUGGGACCAGGCGCGCAAGCUCCGCUGCACCUGGCACGACCAGUACGAGAAGUCCGUCACUUUCCGACCUUUCCCCGUCGACAUGCUAGAUGUGGUGCGCGCCGACUUUGCGGGCGACAAUGUAGGCUGCUGGAUGCAGAUCCAGGUCGGCAAAGGCCCCUGGGCGUCCGAAGUGUCGGGCCUCGUCAAGAUCGGGCAGACUAUGACGAUGGUGCUGGCCAUCAAGGACGACGACUCCAAGUUCGACAUGCUGGUGCGCAACUGCAUGGCCCACGACGGAAAGCGCGCCCCCAUCCAGCUGGUGGACCAGAAGGGCUGCGUCACCCGGCCCAAGCUCAUGUCGCGCUUCACCAAGAUCAAGAACUUCGGCGCGUCCGCAUCCGUCUUGUCAUACGCCCACUUCCAGGCUUUCAAAUUCCCCGACUCGAUGGAGGUCCACUUCCAGUGCACCAUCCAGAUCUGCCGCUACCAGUGCCCCGACCAGUGCUCGGACGGCAGCCUGCCCGCGCCUCCCGGCCACGGCGGCCCCCAGGCCCACGUCGAGUACGGCCCCCCGCAGCACGGCCAGCACGCCCCGCUCGAGGCCUACCUGCAGGCGCGCAGCAGCAGCCCCCGCGACGAGCGCAAGGUCCGCGUCGGCCUGGCGGGGCUGGCCGGUCUGUCUGGACGACACCGUCGUGAGACCGGCGCUCCGCAGCGGCCCGCCGAGGUGGGCGUCAACAGGAUCAUCCGCGUCGUGUCGACGGGCGACCUCACCUUCUCGCUGGACGAGGCCAGCAACUCGUCCGCGCUCUCCGCCGCACCCCAGGGCCCCACCAUGGUCCUGGGCGCCAGGGACGACGCCGGCCUCAUCUGCAUGACGACGCCCGGCUUCGCGGCCACGCUGGUCGUGCUGCUCGCCAUCCUCGUCGUGUCCUGCCUCCUGUCCGCCUUCCUGUGCGUGCGUCUGCGCCCCUUCGCGCACCGCGGCGCCGACAAGCAGACCCCCACCUUCGCUCACCAUCCCGUCGUACCCGUCCUGGCCGCCCCCGUCCACGUGCACACCAAGGCCAAGAGCAAGAGUUGUUUCUACUCGUAGAACUAGAAUAUCCUAUUUAGGUUCCCCCCGCCAACGUCGAGAGCGUGCUGGUGCACCGGCCCAGCGUGCCCACACAAGUUCCGCGAGUGAGGAGGACGCCGACGUCGAAGAGCACGGCGGGGGGACAUGUCAGGGCGGGGAGGGGCUGGUACCCCCCAACCCUCCGUGAAAGAAGAAAUUGACCUGCUCUUGACUUGUUCUACUUCUGUGAAGUAUUUCAACAUACGUCAGCCAAUCAGUAAAUGCUCAAGGGUCCAAAGGGGUUUGUCGUUUUGGAUCCUACUACUUUUCCUCUGUUAACUGAUAGUGUUUAUCGUGUCUGUAAAUAGCGACUGUAAAGCGCGGCGUGGAAAGCUAGUCAAAACAUCUGUGUGUCUCGAGGAACGUGGGGUAGUAGAAGGGAGUGCAGGGGUUGGAGAUGGAGAGGAGGGGAAUAGGGGUAGGGAAGGAGAGGGGAGAGAUGCAGCCGAAGCACAGCCCGAAGGUAUCGGUGUCACCGGCGGUCCGCCGGGGCAGGGAGGGCGGCAGCACCCGCGGCAGACAUGUCAGGUGGGCCAAAAGAAUGUAAAGCAGGACCAUCUCGGAUGCAUACUUUCUCCUCGGGGAGCGAGCGUGGUGAGGGGGGGGGGGCUGAUCGCAUGUGCCGCGGGCUACCUUCGGCGCGUUAGCCCCCGGCAGUUCGCAUCGGGUUCAGGGUGGGAGGGGAGACCCAAAUUACUCGGAGAAUAUUUCGAGCGAAUGCCACUCACCGCCAACGCUGCUACAGUCAAAAGUCUCAGGGUUUAGUUUUUCUUUCUUGUUUUUCCUCUACUCUCCCACAGAGUUGGGUAUGUUGCAGCGCGCGAGUGAGUGAACGGGAGAGCGCGAGCAGGAGGGAAGAUAGUCGUCCUUCUCCUCUUUUGACACAUUUAUGCGUCGAUCCGCUCCGCUUUCGGACUGAGCCACCUGUCUUGCUAACGGAAGAAUGUCUAGGCUCCAGUUUGCCCGGCCUGGCGUGGCCUGGCGCGUCGGGCACACGGCAGGUCGACGGGUUCUGGUUCCGGCGUGGUGUGCCCUGGAUCGGCAAAGCGGCAAAAGCCAGGAACAGAAACCGGUCGGGCGGUGGUCGGGGCGUGGCGGGCCGCGGUGCGGUGCGGCGGGGCCAAGUGAACAGUAGAUAGGAUAGAGGACCAUGUGCCGCCCGCGGGCGCCGUAGGCCCUCCACUGCUAGCCGGGCGGCCGGGCCACCGGGAGAUAUGAAAUGGAAUGGGUGUGGAGCCGGGGGCGGGCCGCGGGCCGCGGGGCGGGCCCCACCCUGCCGUAGCCGAACAGGGCCGCGAUCCAAUCGAGACACGUUCCCACUCACGCACAAAUGUUUUGUAGCGACGCGCCGGGCGGACGACGAGGGUUCCCAGGGUGCUGCCCAGCCCAAACCUGACUGCUCUGGUCGGCCGGGCUCCAGCGGCGGCGGGAGCAGGAUGCAGGAAGCGGCCAACAAACUAUACAUUCUGCGUGUCAAGCGGACGGGGCGUGUUGCCGCCGACGAAAAAGCAGGGCAGCGCGCAGCGCGCUCCCGCUCGAUGAAAAAGUCGCCGCAGAGUGAAAGCCGUCAACGACUCGUGAUUGAAAUUUGUAGUGGCAGCAAAGCGAGAGAAAAUUUCGAUGAUGACUGUGGGCUUUUCGAGUUCUUUUCUGGUUUUUGGUUUAUAUAUCAAUGAUCCGGUGGAAUAACCCGAAAGACAAGAAAUUGGGCCGGGCAGCCAACCUUAGCAACCCCGCGUACCGAAUAAAUUUUUAAGUAAAUAGUGUGAAGCGCAGUGCACUAUCUUCACCUUACCUAAUGUGAUUGAUAAGUGUGGAUGUGUGUGAGUGAAAGGUGUGAGAUGUGUUGUGAGAAAAUGGUCCUGUGCCAAUGCACUUUGUGAGAAUGUGUGAAUGUCCGUAUAAAUU